AUUAAAAACCUUAUCUAAAAAUUAGAAAAUAAAUCGUUGUCAUUAGUUUAUUAUUCAUUAUCAAAUUUUCCAUGCGAGCUCUAAACACAUUUUUAUCAAAGCACUGAAUUUUGAUUAUUGUUAGUUGUACACAAUAAAAAGUUGCGAAAAAUAAAAAUUAGUCGAAAGAAACCAGCAUAAAAUUUUUCUGUCGGUUGAGCCUAAAUCUGCAUUAUCUUUUAUGAAUAGUUUUUUAUCGCAACACUGUUAAUAAUACCAGAAUAUCAAUAUGCGCUGAUGCGGAAAGUUCAUUUCAUCUCUAUUUUCAAUUGCCUCCUCUGCCGAUUGUAAACAGCAAGAAAAACGUGCAUUUGUUUUCUUUCAAUAAUGGCAGAUUACUUGGGUUUCGAUAAUUUAACUCCUAACGAAUUAGCAGCUCCUAUUAAAACUAUUGAAGAUAAAGGAAAAUUAGUGGCAGCAUUUUUGAAAACCAAAGGCUUAGUUAAACAACAUAUUGAUUCAUUUGAUCAUUUUAUCAAUGUUGGGAUCAAAAAAAUUGUCCAAGCAAACGAAAAAAUUGUUUCUGAUGUGGACCCAUCAUAUUAUAUAAAAUACCUUUCUGUGAGUGUUGGAAAUCCUACAAUUGAAGAGGGAUAUCAAAUGAUGAAUUUGACCACUCCUCAUGAAUGCCGUUUGCGAGAUAUAACCUACAGUGCACCCAUCACUGUCGAUGUGGAAUUUGUUCACAAUCAACGAAGAGCUAUUAAAAAAGAUGUAAAUAUUGGAAAAAUGCCGAUUAUGCUUCGUAGCUCAAAGUGUAGACUUUAUGGAAAAACUGAAUAUGAACUAAUUGCUCUGAAUGAAUGCCAUUUAGAUCCAGGUGGUUACUUUAUUGUGAAUGGGACAGAAAAGGUGAUAUUAAUGCACGAGCAGCUCUCUAAAAAUCGAAUGAUAGUUGAGAAGGAUUCUAAAGGUUUAAUAACUUGUCAUGUUACUAGCUCUACAACUGAGAAGAAGACGAGGACUGUGAUAUUAACGAAAAAAGGGCGUUUUUAUCUCAAACACAACUGUUUUACUGAUGAUAUACCUGUUUUUAUUAUAUUUAAAGCAAUGGAAUUGGAAAGUGAUCAAGAAAUUGUACAGCUCAUAGGUACUGAUGAGAAUACAUGCACUAAAAUAUUUUCAUCCAUCUAUGAGUGUUUAGAAGCUCAAAUAUUUACCCAAAAGCAGGCUUUAAGGUAUAUAGGAAGCAAACUCAGACAACGUAAAAUGUGGGGCUCAUCACAGAAAAAGACGCCCGACGAAGAAGCUUCUGAAAUUCUGCUUACUACUAUUUUCGCUCAUGUGCCUGUAGAGGAAUUCAACUUUAAAAUGAAGGCUGUCUACAUGGCCAUUAUGAUCCGACGAAUCAUUGCGGCUGAGAAGAAUUCAGAGCUUCUUGAUGAUAGAGACUACUAUGGAAAUAAAAGACUGGAGCUUGCUGGAUCAUUGCUGGCUCUCCUUUUUGAAGAUUUGUUUAAGAGGUUUAACAUAGAGAUUAAAUCAAAGAUGGAUAAAAACAUGUCUAAAGUUAAAGCUGGACCAGAUGAUCCUGUCAGAUACAUGUAUCAAACAACUAUAACUAAUGGUUUGGUCAAUGCUAUAGCAACUGGUAACUGGACUGUAAAGCGUUUCAGGAUGGAGCGAAUUGGGGUAACUCAAGUACUGUCUCGUCUCUCCUACAUAUCUGCACUAGGAAUGAUGACAAGAGUGCAGAGUCAGUUUGAGAAGUCAAGAAAAGUUUCGGGUCCCAGAUCUCUGCAGGGUUCCCAAUGGGGUAUGCUCUGCUUAUGUGACACUCCAGAAGGCGAAGGUUGUGGUUUGGUGAAGAAUUUAGCAUUGAUGUCUCACGUCACAACUGAUCUGGAAGAGGAUCCUGUUAUCGAACUCGCCUAUAACUUUGGUGUGGAAGACAUUCGUUUGUGUACUGGAUUUGAAUUUGAUAAUCCUCAGACUUACCUUGUUUUUGUUAAUGGAAAUCUAAUUGGAGUAAAAAAGAAAUACAAGCAACUAGUUUAUGCUUUUCGAAAACUUCGACGAGCUGGUUACAUACAUGAGUUUAUAUCGAUUUCUCCUCAUCAUACUCAACGAUGUGUUUAUAUUGCUACUGAUGGUGGAAGACUCUGUAGGCCUUAUAUUAUUGUAGAAAAUAGAAAGCCUAAAGUAACUGAUGAACACAUGGAUGAAUUCAAAAAUGGAAUCAGAUCUUUUAACGAUUUCUUAAAAGAUGGACUCAUAGAAUUCUUGGAUGUCAAUGAAGAAAACGAUUGUCUUAUUGCUGUCUAUGAAAAGGACAUUAAGAAAGAAACCACUCAUUUAGAGAUUGAACCGUAUACUAUAUUAGGUGUUUGUGCUGGUUUGAUUCCCUAUCCUCAUCACAAUCAGUCUCCAAGAAACACAUAUCAAUGUGCUAUGGGUAAGCAAGCAAUGGGUACUAUUGGAUGGAAUCAGAAGAACAGGAUGGAUACUCUAAUGUACAAUCUUGUUUAUCCACAACGACCUAUGGUUAAGAGUCAUACGCUUGAUUUAAUUAAUUUUGAAAAUGUUCCUGCUGGUCAAAACGCAACUGUUGCAGUCAUGAGCUACAGUGGAUACGACAUUGAAGAUGCUAUAGUUUUAAACAAAGCUUCCUUGGAUAGGGGUUUUGGACGAUGUUUAGUUUACAGAACUAGUAAGUGUGCAAUCAAAAAGUAUGCACAUACUGCAGAUCGUAUACUAGGACCAAAAGUAGAUGCUGAAACUAAAAAACCUGUGUGGAAGCAUUUGGCCUUGGAUUCUGAUGGUAUUGCAUAUCCAGGUGCAAUUAUUGAAAAUCGACAAGUUGUGGUCAAUAAAGAAAUGCCUACAGUCACUAGUACAAUUGCUAAUGAUGCUGAGAAAUUAGCAGAAAAGCAGUAUAAAGAAGUACCUGUAACGGUUAAAGGUAUCUUGCCAUCCCAUGUUGAACGAGUCCUAAUCACUUCAGACAGUGAAUCAUCCUCUCUGAUUAAAGUACUUUUAAGGCAAACAAGACGACCCGAAGUCGGUGACAAAUUUAGCAGUCGCCAUGGACAAAAAGGUGUUGUUGGCCUCAUUGCAGAGCAAGUUGACAUGCCCUUUAGUGACCAGGGUAUCAGUCCUGACCUCAUCAUGAACCCACACGGAUUUCCAUCUCGAAUGACUGUCGGAAAACUGAUAGAACUUCUUGCGGGGAAGGCUGGUGUCAUGACUGGGAAAAUAAAAUAUGGCACUGCCUUUGGCGGUGAUAAAGUGCUAGACAUUGGUGAAGAUUUGAUCAGAUGUGGUUUUAACUAUCAGGGUAAGGAUUGUAUGACAUCAGGAAUAACUGGGGAACCACUUAUAUCCUAUAUAUAUUUUGGACCUAUAUACUAUCAGAAGCUUAAACACAUGGUGGUGGACAAAAUUCACGCCCGUCCCCGAGGACCACGACAAGUUCUGACAAGGCAACCGACCGAAGGAAGAGCCCGUGAUGGCGGUUUGAGACUCGGGGAAAUGGAAAGAGAUUGCUUGAUUGGGCACGGAACGAGUAUGCUUCUUUUAGAACGUUUGAUGCUGUCCAGUGAUGCCUUCGACGUUGACGUCUGCAGUAAAUGUGGCUUACUUGGCUACACUGGUUGGUGCAAUUUCUGCCACUCCUCUGGUCACAUAGCUUCUAUCCGUCUUCCCUACGCUUGUAAAUUACUUUUCCAAGAACUCCAAUCUAUGAAUGUUGUGCCAAGACUGAAAUUGUCAAAGUACUUUGAAUGACCAAUAUUACUUUUCGUUUGUUUUCUACUUGUACAGUGAAUUAAAAAGAAAAUUCUUUUCA